GCGAUGAGGUCUCGAGCGCUUGCUCACUUUUAUGGCGGCCCUGUGCCAGCUGUGGAGCAGGACGGGAAAGUCGCUUCUUUUUGCGAAUCCUUCCUUACUCGAAGCGAUCGGCGGUUCAGCUUGUGGCGGCCGGAAGCAGGGUUUGUCCCUCCUUAAUCCAUUCAGAGCCUUCAGGGACAAGAGUAGCAAUUCUCAAACUCUUAGCUCAACUGCAGGAACAAAGGCCUUGUUUCCUCCAUCCAGCCACAUUGCCCCUGUCAGCAGUCUUCAUCGGAGACCUCUGCACAAACUUGCACAGGGCCCCGGGUUCAGCAGCCGCACAAUGGUCCCCGCAGGAGCAAACUCCUCGUCAGGGCGGCACUCAGUCGAUGCGCAUACCCUGGAGAAAUUCCGCCAGGUCAUGGAUGACGUGUACGGGCCCGCUGAUGACGUCAGCAAGUGGGCGCCAAAGCCCUACAAGGAGGGGAAGGGGCGCUACCUGUGGACUGAUGCGUUCGGGGUGUGCAACUUUCUGACUCUGUUCUUUGAGACGGGGGAGAACAAGUAUCUUCAGCAGGCCACCAUUCUUGUGAAGACGGUCCACGACACGCUUGGGAAGGACCGGCAGGGGCGGCGGCGCUUGGGGAAUGCAACAGAUGAGGAACCUACUAGGGGCGGGCUGCGCAUCGGCAAGCCGCACGAGGAGGGGCACCCAGACGGCGACGGGCAGUACUUCCACUACCUGACCAAGUGGAUGUUUGCGCUCGCGUGCAUGACGGUCGCCUCGGGAGAUCCCAAGUACAACGCCUGGCCUUGAAGGGACCUUUUCCACCGUCGAGCCAGUCAACAGGCUGGCCCUGUACAAAGAUAUAGGGCAAAACAAGGCGCUGUGUGCAAGGAACUCCACGCGCCUGCCAACUCAACCCCUUGGCAUGAUUUGGCUAUGUACAUUCCCAAUGGGCCCUUUUCAGCCAAGCGGUUACUUGGGGGUGGUUUCAAAAAGCAAACAACCAAGAAAGUGUGUUUCAAGAAUGCAGGAGAGCGGGCGUUGUUGAUGGUUUGGGUCUGGUAGGCUGCACGAUCGUCCUCUGCUUUUCAAGGUUCGGUUCCUUGGACAAGGGUCCUUCGCCGUCCGGUGUUCAAUGCUCCUGAGCAUCACAACGUCCCGUGCAGUCAGCAGGCUGAUCUUAACCAACCAGACGAAGUAGCGAGGCUGCAGCAAUUGCAAGGCAAGCCGCGUACGAGCGACGCCACGUGGCAGCGCCCUAGGUUAUGCAAUUUUUCA